UGAAAUUGUGAUAAAACCCUUGUCUGUCUGUCUUUGCCCUUAAACCCUUCAAACUCCCUCCCCCAUUUAUACUACAAAAACAAAAUACAAAAAGGCAAGUGGGAAAGAGGCUUUAAAGCUGAACACCAACGCCACCAGACUUUCUCCCAAUCUUUGGCCGUCUCUAUAGGAGUAAUUAUUAGAUGGGGAAGCUAGGGAAGAAAGCGAGGAAAUUUGCCAAGAAGAAUCUUCAGUCAGUUCUGAGAGACCGUCGCAAAAAGAAAGCUUUACUCAAAAAAAGAUAUUCUUCCAAAAAUGGGCAGAGUAACGUUGAAGACCAAAAAAAGCCAGUACACCACUCUAAUGAAAGAAACACUGAAGUUGAGCCUUUUGAAGACUUGCCUCUUGAUGCACCAUUCACGGAAAAUGACAGCGAUGUUGCCGAUUUUUCAGACAGUGAUGGAUACCUUUCAGAGGAUAUAAGCUAUGAAAAUGGAACAGAUAGUGAGCCUGGGAAACUUUUAGAAGGUGACAAAUGUACUAGUGAAUUGAUGACGCAGAAUAUGAAAAUUCAGGAAGAUCUUGCUUUACAAAAGAGAAAGCUGGAAAGGCUGAAGAGGAAGCAUCCAAGUUUCUCUAAGUUCUUAGAAAAGCACAAGAAGGACAUUGAAGCAAUGCAAAAUGGAGAAGUGUUCUCAGAUGAGGAUGAGACAAGUAAUCCUGGAAGAGACUCAGUAACUGAAGACAACCAGGGUAAAAUAAAGGGAAGAGUGCUGACAGUAUCUACCAUUAGUUCUUGGUGUCGACUGAUCAAAGAAGAGAACAAGGAGGCAGCAUUUGUUUGUGUAUUAAAUGCUUAUCGAGCAGCAUGUUACUAUGGUGCUGAGUCCAUUGGCUUAAAGUUUCAGAAUGCUGAGACAUUCUGCAGCUUAGUAAUGUCUGUUCUUUCCGAGGCAGAUAAUAUACUUCGGGGACUUUUGGGGCUAUCAUCCUCCAGUUACAAGAAAGAAGCAAUAUUAGAGCUGAAGGAUACCCCACAAUGGGUUAAUGUGAAACCUCAAAUGAAGUCUUACUUAAGGAGUACAUUAUCUUUGUUGGAUCAGGUUACUGAUUCAGAAAUUCUGGGUUUCGCUUUGACUCGAUUCAGGGCUUCUUUACCAUUCUUUGCUGCUUUCCCCUAUCUUUUACCGAGGCUCAUUAAGACGACCGUACAUUUGUGGGCUACAGGUGGUGGGAUGUUAUCAUCAGCAUCUUUUUCUAUCAUAUGGGAUGUCGCCUCUCUAUUUACAACUGAUUGUUUUGACACUUGCUUAGCCAAAGCUUUUGUGGGUUAUCUUGCUCAGUCAAGAGCUACAGAAAUUGUCAAUAACAAACAUUUGCAGUUCCUAAGAAAUUCCUUAGUUGACUUGUGCUCCCUAGAUGUUCAAAAAUCAUUAUCUAAAGCCACAGUGUCUGUCCGUCAGCUUGCCAAAAUAUUGCAGUGGGGCUUGCGUACUAAGAAAAAGGAAGCUCUUCAAAGGAUCUGCAGUUGGGAGUACAUCAGUUGUAUUAAUCUCUGGGUUGGUUUUAUAGCAGUCAAUAUACGGGAUUAUGAUCUUCAGCCCUUUUCCGUCACCAUGGUUCAACUUAUAAAUGGAGUGGUGGGCCUUUUUCCUGGACCAAGAUAUUUCCCUUUGAGACUCAAUUGCAUUCGAUGGCUUAAUGAUUUGUCUAAUUCUACGGGAGUUUUCAUCCCUAUUGCUUCAUUUGUGUUGGAUGUUUUGGAAUACAAAAUAGUCAGAGGGGGUGGAAAAGCUGGACCUGCUCUCUUCUUUCAGUCCGUUCUAAAGUUGCCAAAGAAUUGCUUAAAGUCUCAAACAUUCCAAGACGAAUGCAUUACAUCUGCAAUUGAACAACUAUCAUCACACUUUUUACAAUGGAGCUACCACAUUUCUUUCCCUGACUUAGCAACUAUUCCACUCAUCCAUCUGAAAAAGUUUUAUGAGUCAAAGACAAAGGAAAGUCUACGGCGUGCGGUAAAACAUUUGAUUGAGCAGGUGGAGAAAAAUGUCGAUUUUGUGCAGAAGAAAAGAGAUGAGGUUGCGUUUUCACCAAAUGAUCAUCAAUCUGUUGAAGCAUUUCUUCAGUUUGAGAAGUCCAGUCUCAGUUCUCCAUUCACUCAGUACUACAGAAGUGUACUUGAAAAAGCUGCUCUAAGGGGCUCGCAUAAGAACGACAAGAUCAGUUUGCCAAGACAAGAGAAAUCAAAGCGUAAAAGAGAGCAGCCCCUAAACAAUGCAGCGGAUGAAAGUUUGAUUAAUGGUUCAGGCCACAAGGAUCUGGAUACUGCUAAUGGAACAAAGAAGCGGGUCAAAAGACGAGCUCUCAAGGCAUAAUCGUUGUACCAGUUUUUUUUGCUAUAGGUUUUGAUAAUUUUCUAAUUGGCCCUAGCAGGUUGAAAUUUUGAGCGUCGAUCUUUUCUCCCAACGUACAUGUUAAGAUAUUCUUCAGCUGGGUAAAGAUCAAUUUUCGUGUUACUUAUUGUUCAAAAAGGAAAAUAGAGAAGACUUUGCUCCUUUCGAGGCGCUUGAAUCGUUGAUUCCGGUAUUUAUUUUUCUCAUUUUUGUAAUUCCAAGUUCAAUCAAAUUAGAUGUUUUCAAUGUGACACUGUUUUUCAAGGAUUCUAAUGUGAGGAAUGUUUUGCUUCUCUUGUAUUAA